AAUAUAUGUAUUUAUAAGGUAAAAAACAAGGUGUAUAUUACUAUUGAUAUAUUUUGAUCACAGAUGAAUUAUAUUAAAUAUUGUAUAUCUAUAUCUGUGUUAUGAUCUAAGGUUUCGAAUGUUUCGAUACACCUUGUGUAAGUCCGUGAUUCAUGGUGAUUACGACUAGUAUUUAGUGAUUAUAAGUGAUAACGAAUGAAAUAAUAAUUAAAUAAUGCAUUAAUAUUUAAUGCAUAAAAUAAUGUAAUACAAUGUACAAAUUUAAAGUAGAAAAAAAGUUGUCGGACGUCAAGAAAAAUUAGCUGAUACACUGAAUAUUUUGCUGCCAAGUGCUAUAAACAAGAUCGAUCAUAAUUUUAAAUAAUAACUAUGUCGAUAUUUCAAUAAUAAUAUAAAGGUUCCACUGUCCUUGCUAACGCAACAGAUUUUUAUUUCUGGUGCUCCAUUUAUUCAUCAUAAUUAUUAUUGUUUUCUAAAUUUGGACAAUCACCUACAGAUCUAUUUCGAAAAUGGAUGAUAUACCAGCAUUAUCCAGAACGGUGUGCAAGGGUGUUAUGGACAGUUUCAAAGGUGUCACUGUAUUGUUUGUGCAAAACAAGCGUUCAAAGAAAGUUGGCAGACCAGUUAACUCACCAAAAGAUCAAAAAAUGUUACAACGAAUAAUUCAAUGUUGUACAUUAAAUGGUGGAAUAUUUUGUUUAAGUAUAGUUAUAUUUGAAUAUGUUAUUCUACCUUCUUUAGGCUACAUAAUGUCAAUAACAUUUGGACAUUUUAAUGAAAAUAUUUGGUUAUGGACCCGAUCACUAUUGUCAUGGACAUUUGGAGCUGUAUGGAUCUUACCAAUAUUUUUGCUGAGCAAAAUAAUUAACAGUCUAUGGUUUCAAGAUAUCGCAGACAUAGCGUAUAAACAAAAAAAAGGUGAUCCACAACAGUUGACACGAAUUAGUAAAGUGAUAGCAGACUUUUCGUUCAGUAUAGUCGUUCAGUUCUUAUUUCUCAUUCAAAGUUAUUUAGUAAGUAUGGUGCCAUCAACAAUUCUUAGCAAUGUUCUCAGUAUUUUGCAUUUAUCAUUACUUUAUUCAUUAUACUCAUUUGAAUAUAAAUGGUGUAAUAUGGGUAUGGAACUAAACUCAAGAUUAUCUAUCAUUGAAAACUGUUGGCCAUAUUUUCUUGGAUUUGGACUUCCACUAGCAGUUAUCACAUCUUUGCCAGAAUCAUAUAUUAUUAGCGGUUGUCUAUUUUCAAUUCUAUUUCCUGUGUUUAUUAUCAGUGCUAAUGAAGUUAGUCCGUCUAAAAUUAAAAUAUUUAGAUUGAAACUAUUUGCACCUGUUCUAUCUAUAACUAGUACCAUAUUCAAUCGCUCCAUUGGUCCAGCUAUAAAAUCUUCAAUAAGUACUGCAUCUAAAGCUCAAAAAAUGCAUAAAUGAAUAAACAUGUUAUAUUAUGUAUUUUUUUUAAUACCUUUUAAUUUACAAUUUUUGUGGAAAUUGAUACUUUUUUAACAUUUGAGGCUGUGUAACUAAAAAUAUACUAAAAUGUAAAUGGUUUAUAUGUAAUUUAAUAUGUACUCAAUGUUCUAGGGAAUAAACUUGUGCUUUUUAUUUGCGAAUAAAUUUAUUUAAAAUUCAAGUUAAUAAAUUUAAUUGCAUAAAGAAUGUAA